AAGAAGAGAUGACUCAUUGAUGUGUUUUCUAUCUUUUAACUAUUUUACGCAUGAAAUCUAGUUGCUUAAUAUGGAAACCAGCCAAUGAAAUAAAGCUCCUGGGGGGGGAAAAGCACAGACCGAGAUAUCUUCAGUGCUUUUUUGCCUUAUCUCAGGAUGUCCGAUGCUUUUGACAUAUAUGGAUGCAGCCCGUCAGCCGCCGCCUGACAGUUCAGUCCCAAAAUAACCGGAGAGAACACAGCUGAGUCCCGCUCAGCGCUGCACGCUGCUUCGCCGCCGUCGACACGUUUGGAAAUGGAAAAAAAAAACUGGCUAAAAAUCAAUCACAACCAUGACUAAAUUUAGCUACUCCGACUAUUUAUCUCAGUUCUGUAACGCUGGAAGUAAAUGUAAUCAUGUUUUGUCGUUAUUACGGGGAGAUAGCAGGAGAGGAGACAAUCCGAGAGACGGAACGUCAGAACCGGAGGAUGUUGACCCAGUAGUCUUUGCCAUCAGGAGAGGAGAUGUGGAGGCUUUUAAUGACCUGGCAACAUCCUCUUCUCACAGCCUGCUGAAGGAGAACAAAGAUGGGUGGAUACCUUUGCAUGAUGCUGCCUACUAUGGACAGACUGAGUGCUUGAGGGCCCUUUUGAGAGUCCAUCCAGGUUCAGUUGACAAACGUACAUUACAAGAACAGACAGCGUUGCUGCUUGCUGUGUCAUGUGAACACUUGUCUUGUGUACGGUGUCUUCUGGAGUCAGGUGCUGACCCUGACAUCUGCAGCAAUAACAAAGAAACCCCUUUGUAUAAAGCAUGUGGAAUGGAAAAUGUCGACAUGGUGAAUCUUAUUCUCUCAUAUGGCGCCACUGUAAACCAACGGUGUGCACAGGGCUGGACAGCCCUCCACGAGGCUGUAUCCAGGAACAACAUAGAGAUCUGUGAGAUACUAAUAAGAGCUGGGGCCACAAUCAAUCCAGCUAAUACCUACAGCAUUACACCACUCAUUGUAGCAGCUCAGCAAGGACAGUUGAGGGCACUCUGUUACUUGAUUGAGAAAGGUGCAGAUGUGAACAUGCAGACUUGUGAUGGUGUGACGGCUCUGCAUGAAGCUAGUAAAAACAGCCACAAGGAAGUUAUAGCUUUACUAUUGGCUAAAAAUGCUGAUGCCAACAAACCUAAUAACUUGGGACUGCUUCCUCUGCAUCUUGCUGCCCAGUAUGGACACCAUGAGAUUGUGUCCAUGCUCAUCCCGGUGACAAGUCGAGCCAAGCUCCGGCACAGCUGGAUCAGCCCCCUCCACCUGGCAGCAGAGCACGACAGACACACUGUGGCAGCUGUGCUGCUGAAGACAGGUGCAGAUGUAAACGCCACUCUGGCCCACAGUCACUCCAUCCAGUAUGCUGAUCAACGAGCUACGGCGCUCUACUUUGCUAUUGCCAACGGCAGCACCAAAACAGCAGAGGUGUUACUGAAUGCUGGUGCUAGUCUGAGCCUGGAUCCAGUCAGUCCUCUGCUGAUGGCUGUACGUCUGGGCUACAUCAGUACUGUGUCAUUGCUGCUGGAGCGAGGGGCAGAUGUCAAUGCCAGAAUCCCAUCUUAUCCAACAACAUUCCCAGCUCUGGUUGCUCUCUGCAUGAAUAAUCUGCCUCUUCUCAAGUUUCUUUUGAACAAUGGCUGUGAUGCUUUCUCCUGUUUUUCCUGUACUUAUGGCAGUGCCCCUCACCCACAUCCAGAAAGACCCAAUAUAAGAACUGGUAGUAAUGGAUAUGCUUUGCAGAAUGACAGCAUGCUUCCCUUAAACUGCAACGAGCCUCCAGAUAGGGCAACACAGUUCUGUGAGUGGAUUUCAACACCAGUUAUGUAUAAAUGGGCAGGACCAAUCAUAGACUUGCUGCUGGAGCAUGUUGGCCAUAUUCAGCUGUGCAACAAGCUCAUACAACUACUCGACAGCAGAGAAGAGUGGCAUAUUAUUAAAAGGAAGACAUUGUCACCACGUCCACUCCUGCACCUCUGUAGAUUAAGGAUUCGGACCCAGAUGGGAAGAGACAGACUGAGAUCUAUUAUAAGCUUACCUCUGCCAAACAGACUCAUCAAAUACCUGAACCUGGCUGACGGACUUUAAAAUGAACAUCAAGCAAUAUAGUCCUCAGAAACAUGACUAAAUUUAUCUUUAAUAUUCUUUUGUGUGUGUGUGUGUGUGUCUGAUGUCUUGAAUGUGUAAGUGACCCUCUCAUAUAAAUAUCUAUUUAUACUACACAUGAUGUGACAAUGAGACCCUUUAAUCUUUAAGAUUGUUGUUUUAAAAAAAAUCUAGUGCUCAAAAGCUCUUUAGGAAAGUUGAAUUGUUUAUUUAAAAAUCAAGUCAUUGUGUCAAAUGUACCUAUCAAGCAUUACUGACAAGGAGGCAAUUUUCAUAGUUGAAAGAAAAAAAAACUAAGACAGGAUGUUUGGAUUUAUGUGCAUGACUUCCUUUUGAACCUAAAAAAAGAAGAGUCAUUCUCUGCUGACAACUGAAACCUUUCAACUUACUGUCAGUUUUCAGAUAGCAGGCUUGGAAGUGAAGCUGGUGAAUUUAUUGAGCAAGUGCAAUUUAGUCCUUUAGAAUUAAACGACAAAAAUAGAUGCAGCAUUCCAUUAAGUGCUUGAGAAAGUCUUUUAAAAUGCCAAAAGAGGAAGUUGCUGUCUAAACCAAAUGAACAUAAUUAGUCCUAUUAACACGUUGCUGUGUGGUGACUUCAACUGGCUGAUUAAAUUAAU